AUGGGCUCUGGUCGGUCCUGCAAUGCAAGAAUAAGCGAAGAUGGAUCCGACAGUUACUUUGGAUACUUGUGGUCCAUCAUGUCCAACUCCAAGGACGCCGUUAAUGGCUACGAGGGACGGUUUCAAGAUGAGUCCUUGACAGAGCGGACCACUACAGACGAAUAUUAUGACCUCGCAACGGAUUUCUAUCUCUACGGAUGGGGAUCCUCGUUCCACUUCGCAACGCGCUUCCUCGGCGAGAGCCUAGAGGACUCUAUUGUCAGGCACGAGCAUUUCCUAGCUGCGAAGCUGGGGCUGAGGCCUGGGCAAAAGGUUGCUGACCUCGGCAUGGGCGUUGGAGGACCGUUAAGGUCCAUACAGAAGUUCAGCAAUGCCGAUGUGACAGGGGUCACAAUCAACGACUAUCAGGUGCGCCGAGCACGAAAAUUCACAAAGAGGGAGUGCAGCGCAGCCAUGGCAAGUCAUAUAGAGUACAAGCAGGGUGAUUUCACCAAGCUGGUUCCUGAAGUAUUUGCGCCGGAGUCUCUGGACGCCGUGUACUACAUCGAGUCCUCUUGCCAUAUAGCAAACCGAACUGAAGUUUUCCUGGAGUCUGCCAAAGCCUUGAAAAAAGGAGGGAGGCUUUUCUCCUAUGAGUGGGUCAUGACAGACCGCUUCAAUCCCAACGAUCCCGAGCACCUGGCAAUAAAGAAAGGAAUCGAGAUCGGUGACGGGAUCGAGGAGCUAGUGGGAAUCCGCGGCCCAUUAGAGGGCUUAAACAACAGCGGCUUCCGAAUCAUAGAGCAUGGUGAUCUGGUUGAUUUAGCAGAGGAGUGGUAUGGGGAUUACAACGUGCCGUGGUAUUUUGAGAUGGCGCAGUUCUACUCCUUCUCCUCUUUCAGAUCUUUUGCGUUAUCAGAAUUUGGGCAGCGGGCGCUUGGCACGCUUCUGUGGCUAGCUGGGCAGGUCGGUCUGGUGCCUGAAGACGCUUCCAAGACCGAACAGAUGCUUCGGCAGGCAAGCAUCAACCUGGUCAAGGGUGGUGAACUGAAAAUCUUCACUCCCAUGUACUACGUGGUGGCCGAAAAGAUUUAA